GCGGAGCCCGCGGAGCGGCGGCGGCGCCGGCCCGGGAGGCGCUGCCCGGCCGAGCCGGCGGCUGCCCGCGGCGGCCGGACAUGCCCGCGCCCGGCGCGCCGACCCGCACCUCGCAGUGAGCGGCCCACGGCACCAUGGUCAGCAAGGACUCGGGCCGGUGCCCCCUGUCGGCGGCGGAGAGCGAGCUGGAGCCCGCCGCCUGCCUGGCGCUGGAGCUGAGGUACGCGCUGGACCCGGACCGGCAGAUCAAGAAGCGGAACAAGGCGCUGCAGGUGCGCUUCAAGGACAUCUGCGAGGCGCAGAGCGAGCAGCGGGGCGGGCCGGUGCCCGCCGGCCUGGGCGAGCGGCGUGAGGCCAAGCCCGUGUCCCAGCGGGCCGCCUACCGCAAGUACAUGACGGUGCCCGCGCGGCGCUCCAUCCCCAACGUCACCAGGAGCACGGGCGUGCAGACGUCGCCCGACCUCAGGAAGUGCUACCAGACCUUCCCGCCGGAGCGCAAGCGGGGGGCCCUCAAGGGGCUGCCCCCGGCCGCCGAGGACUUCCCCAGCGGCAGCGAGAGCGAUGGCUUGGCCCUGGAGGCGCGUGGGGGCGACACUGAUGGGGGCGCCGCCCAGGCCCGGCCCUGGGGCGCUGGCCACGUCUACACCACCGCCGCUUUGGUAUUCCACUCCGAGGCGGACACGCCGGACCGAGCCGUCGGGGUCAACUGUGCCGAGCCGGGUGCCCGGUCCGACGGCGGCGGCUGCCGAGACGCCCCCCUCCCCCAUGCCAGCCCGUCCCCCUCGCACGGGCCGGCCAGACUGGACAGGGCCACCCCCACGCCCGACCGGGAAGUCCCGGGCCCGGCCCCGGGCAGGGUCUUCAAGACGGAGGUGGCCGCGGUGUACGCCAAGCCCCCCGAGUCCGCCCUGGCCAACUCGGCGGCGGCCAGUGAGUGGUCCCUGUGCCCGGCGGCCACCGACGAGCAGAGGAGGGACACGCACGUCAACGGGGUCCAGGGGCCCCCGGGCUCGGCCGCGGCCUGCUCGCCGCCCCGGCAGUGCCUGUCCCCGCAGUGGGGUGAGCACCCCCCGCAGCCCGGCACCCCGCUGCGGGAGGAGCCGCGGCCGGCGGGCGAGUGCCGGGAAAUCGUGCCUCAGACGGAAGUCGGGGACCUGAAGGCGCAGCUGCAGGUGAUGGAGAACCUGAUCUGUUCCAGCCAGGAGACCAUCAAGGUGCUGCUGGGCGUCAUCCAGGAGCUGGAGAAAGGGGAGGCCCACCGCGAAGGGCUUUCCUACCGGACCGGGCAAGACACGGCCAACUGUGACACAUGUAGGAACAGUGCGUGCGUCAUCUACAGCGUGGAACUGGAUUUCAAGCAGCAAGAGGACAAGCUGCAGCCGGUUCUGAGGAAGCUGCAUCCCUUUGAGGAAACUCAGGUCGCACCUUUGCCUUACUCGCCGGAGUCUUACUCCGCGACUCCCAAGCAAAAAUCCAAAACGGAAUCCAAAAAGCACGGAAGAUGGAAACUCUGGUUCCUCUGAAGCUCGGGGG